CUAAAGAAAGCUCCGAUUUUAUGUGGUGUUAUACCUACUAGUCAGUGCGAGAUAUUCAUGUGACGAGUGUGGUGCCGUAAGUCAUGGAGGUCUGUAGGAGGUCCUCAUGGCUCUUCACGCUCCUUGGGGUCAUUCUUCUCGCCGAGGCCUUGCAGGGUGUGCAAGGUGAGGUCGAGAUUGAAGGGCCCUCCGAAUCGGAAUGCCGGCCAUACAUUGAAAAAGCACUCCGCGAACUUGAACAUGUCGGGGGAGGAGACGCUGACGUAGGCCAGAGCAAUGAAGAAUCUUCUAGUAUAGAUAAUCUGAGCAUAGACGAAAAGCAAAGCGACGAACAACGAAGUCAGGAAACUUCUGAAAUAGAUAUCGAAACUCAAGAAUCUAUAGAAAAAGAUGCCGAAGCAACUAGUCCAACAGAAGAAGCAGACGCCACAGAAGUCAAGACUGAUGAAAGUGUCGAGUCAGUGACUGAAGACAAGGAAGAAGAAGAAAAGAAAACCGAAAGUGAGGAAACGACGAGCGGUGAAGUACAAAAAGACAAAGAUGAUGAGCAACCUUCAGGAAGUGAAGAAAGUGACGGUCAGUCCCAGGAGAAUGCAGAGAAAGCGUCAGCAGAAGUUCAGAUGAAUGUCGAAGAAGUAGAAGCAACACCAGUCGAAGCAUCAAAAGAAACUACUGAAGAUACAGCCUCAGUCGAGGAAGCUGUAGAACCACCAACAGAGGAAACAGGAUCAGAACCCUCAACAGAAAAUGAGGGAGUACAAACUCAGGAAACAUCAACCGAAGAAGAGAAAUUAUCCGAAGAAUCUUCACGCGAAGGAAGAGAAACAGUAGACGAUACUUUACAGGGAGAAACUGGCACAGAAACUUCAGCAGAAGAGGAAAAAUCUAUCGAAAAUCCACCAGAAUCUGGCGAAAACGCUGAUGCUCUCGACCAACCCGAAUCGAACGAGAAAGAAGAAGAAACUCGAUCAGAUGAAGUCCGCACUAGCUCCGAAACUGUUGAAGAAACCUCCGAUGAAUCGAAGAGUGAUAAAUCCGAUGAUGUAACUGGAGAACCUAUCGUCGAGGAAAUCAAGAGUGAAGCUGAUGAGGACAACUCAAGCACCACUGAUGAUGAAAAAAGUAAUGAACCCUUAGAACAACAAGAUGUGGCCAGUGCUGAAAGUUCAGAGACAAUAAGAGAAAAAAGAGAAGUAAGUGAAUCAAAUGAAUUGAAUACAGAAGAAAAGACGGAAGAAGAAAACAAGAAUAAAGAAGAUACACAAACAAAUUCGGUGGAGCAUAAUGAAGAUUCUAAAGGGCUGUCGAAAGAAGAAGUGGAAGACAAAGACGAUUCAGAAGACAAAGAGAGUGUGGAAAAUACCGGAACGAAUGAAGACAACAUCAAUGAUGCAGUUGAAAGUAAUGAAGCUACAAAGUCAGAGGAGGCCGAUUCUAAAAACGAAGAAAGCAAAGAAGAUGAAGUCGCAAAACAAUCAAACGAGACCAAUAUCGAUUCGGGUUCGAACGAAAAUGAGGAGGUGAAAAGCCAGGAAACUGCAGACGAUAGCAGCAGCGUAGAGAAGGGAAGCACCGAAGAUGCACCAGAAGAGGAACUUAUAAAUGGUAUGGAAAUUCCUGAUAAUCUCAGGCCGAGGGGCCACGUCGAGCAACUUCUGAAAUUAGAUAAGGAAGCUACUAAAACUGAGGAAAUAAUCGACCGAGUAUCAGAGAUAACACUCAGGGAAUUGAAGAGAUUGUAUGAAAAUGCCAUUAAACCUCUCGAAACUUUGUACAAAUACAGAGAUCUCAGCAACAGACAUUAUGGAGAUGCAGAAAUAUUUUCCAAGCCUUUGAUACUGUUCAUGGGUCCAUGGAGUGGUGGAAAAUCUUCAAUUAUAAAUUAUUUACUAAAUGUUGAAUACAACGAUACAGCACUGAGAACAGGAGCCGAACCAUCGCCAGCUUAUUUCAAUCUUCUGAUGUAUGGUGAAGAAGAAGAAGUACUGGAUGGUACGCAGCUCGCAGCUGACUACACCUUCUCCGGAUUGCAGAAAUUUGGACAGGGCCUAGAAGAACGCUUACGCGGACUCAAAUUGAAGAGUAAACUCCUGGAAAAAGUGAAUAUUGUUGAAAUCCCUGGUAUAUUGGAGGUGCGAAAGCAGAUUUCACGAGUUUUCCCUUUCAACGACGCAUGCCAAUGGUUCAUUGAUAGGGCUGAUAUUAUCUUCUUAGUUUACGACCCGUUCAAACUGGAUGUUGGACCUGAAACUGAAGCUAUUUUGGACCAACUUAAAGGCAGAGAAUAUCAGACCCGGAUCGUUUUGAACAAAGCCGAUCAAGUCAAGCCAGAAGAGUUGAUGCGAGUACAGGGUGCUCUCAUUUGGAACAUUUCACCAUUGAUGUCGUCACCACAACCUCCAGUAAUGUACACAACAUCGCUUUGGUCCAGGCCAUACGAGCAAUGGGCUCCUGUUCGCUUAUUGCAUGCUCAAGAACGUGCUUUCCUCAGAGAUUUGAGGUCAGCUGUGGAUAAAAGAAUCGAAAAUAAAAUAGCCAGUGCACGAAGAUUUGCGGUACGUGUAAGGAAUCACGCGAAAAUGGUUGACUGUUAUCUCACCACAUACUACAAUCACAAAUCUAUAUUCGGGAAUAAGAAACAGGUUUCGGAUGCGAUCAUCGAACACCCUCAGGAUUACCACAUCUACGAAGGCCUUUCAACAUUAACUAACAUUUCCCGAUAUGAUUUACCCGAUCCUGAAGUUUACAGGGAUUUCUUCAAACUGAACCCUCUGUAUGAGUUCCAACAGCUUUCUGCCACCUGUACUUAUUUCAGGGGAUGUCCUAUAAAUAAGUUAGAUGUAGCUAUUGCCUACGAUCUCCCAGAGCUAGUAGGCAGGCACAAACGUCUUGUUGAAGCUGCUCUCUCAGAAAAUAGUAAACAGGAACAGGCUCAGGGGAGUUGAGAGAAUAUUCCAAGAUAAAAUAAAUCAGAAAAUGUGGGUUAUGCGAACCUAUGUCAAACAGAGACUGUAGAUAUAACUGGAACCAAUUCAAUCGUAUGUUCACACUAAUGACAUUAAAAGAAACUUCCCCAUAAAGGUGCUCUUUAAUGACGUUAUCCAGAAUAAUACAAUGUGCCCUUCGAUUGAGGGCAACCAGACAUUUUCCAACGAUAAUAAAUAAUAAUAAACUUAUCAGUUAAGCUUGUGUAUGUAUAGUAUCCUGCAUUGUGUUUUCUACCGCAUUUAUCAUGGUUUCUUUCUUUCAAACGGAGUGUUUUUGCGAAACAAAUUUCAAAUUUUGAGCUGGUCAGUUGGAGUUUUCUAUCACCAGAUGUACAAUUCUUUCUCAUCAGCUUCUGAACUAUCAGCAACAUUUAAUCGUUUGUACGCAUUAUUCUAGUCAUUAUCAGGUUUUAUUUUUUUACUUUUUUUGUUUUAUUUAGAAAUCAUACUACGUAUUGGGUCACAUGUCAGUCUUGAUGAAUGAGUGGAUGGAAAAUAUACAUAAUUUUUA